AUGCCUUCCUGGACACACCUUGUUCGUUUCAUCGCUGUCGAGGACAGCCAGGUUCAUCUCGGCCAAUUGGUCGAUACAACCCGGGAUGUGGGACUCGAUAGCAUCGAUGGGGUGGAGAUCGCGGUCAAGGUUAUCGAGGGUACGAUCUUUGAUGGAAAAGUUACAGAGGAGAUUCUGCAUGUGAAACAGCCACUACAGCUCCUUGCGCCGGUGACAAAGCAGCAAUGUAGUUAUAUCCGCUGCCUAGGCCUCAACUAUAUGGAUCAUGCACAAGAAGCCAACUUGCCUCUCCCCAAAGCUCCGAUUCUCUUUACCAAGCCACGCACUGCUCUCGCAGGUCCUUACCCUGCUACUAUCAAUAUCCCGAAGUGUGCGCAGGAUGGCAGCAGUGACUAUGAAGCUGAGCUAUGUCUGGUGAUUGGAAAAACGGGUAGAGACAUUCCCGAAGAGGAGGCUCUGGACUAUGUUUUGGGAUAUACUGCCUCCAAUGAUGUCUCUGCUCGUACUUUGCAAAUGAUCACGGCGCAGUGGUCUUUCUCGAAAGGUCUUGAUGGAAGCUGUCCUAUCGGACCUGUCCUCGUGGCAUCCUCCGCAAUCAAAGACCCACAAACUCUUUCAAUCAAAGCUAGUCACAACGGCAGAACUGUUCAAGAUGGGAAAACCAAAGACAUGAUUUUCAAUAUCAAGAAGCAAAUCUCAUACCUUUCGCAAGGUACCACGCUCGAAGCAGGAACACUGUUCUUGACUGGAACUCCUGCUGGCAUUGGGUAUUUCCGGGAGCCAAGAGUUGUUCUCCAAGAUGGCGAUGAGAUCUCAGUCAAGAUCGAUCAAAUUGGAACUCUUGUCAACAAAGUUCGUUAUGACAGUCGCUAA